AUAACGUUGGCAACACUGGAUUUCAGAGUGAUUGGAGCUGUUAUGGAGAUGUUUGUUCGAUAAUGUCGUAGAGAGUUUCGAAGAAAUUAAGUUUUAUAUCGUAAUGAAGUGAUGUGUAACAAUUAAAGUGAUUUGUGACUCUUAGUUGAUGUUAAAAACGCAAUAUUUUAAAGAAAGGAACAGAAAUUCUGUACUUAAAGGACGUGCAUUUACUUUCAUAAUUUCGAAGGUAUUAUUGUCAAUUCCUGGUAUUAUGCUGCAUCAGAGGACAUAAUUUCAGAGCAGAACUCGUUUGCUUCAGUAUGAAGGUGUACCGCAACAUGGCUUAUCUGUACCGAGGUCUAAUUUUUCUCAUAAGUUGCAUAGAAAUCUUCUCUAAGACAAAUCCCGAGAUGUCUUGCGAUCCACUUUCACAGAAAAUUGGUUAUACGUAUCCUCGAGGCGAUAUCACAUUGGAGUAUGGUGAAGACUUGAAUCUCUGGUGUGUUUUACAUCAAGAUAAAGCUGCUACGUAUUUAGAAAAUGCAAGUUCCUUAAUGAAAUUCACUUAUGAAAAGCAGGCUCAAAUUAGCGAAAUAGUGAAUUCAACAACCAUAAAACUUCACAUUGAAAAACACCCGUUGACGACAGCAACUGGAUAUACUUGUGAAAUUAAUGGCGAAACAGUUUGUUACAAUGUCGUGAUUGUUGGAACAAAACCGAAAGAAGUGAUGGAUUUCGAUUGCGUAGGGAGGAAUUAUGAAAAUUUCACUUGUUCCUGGACCGCACCGGAGAACUACGUGAAAACAGAAUAUUUUCUAGAAUACUACAUCCCUCAGCGCCCUCAAAGGUAUUCUAAUACAAUGGCUUCUAAGAAUGCGGAAUUUAUAACCGCUAUUGGUUGUCCAAAAAUCGAACAAGAUAAGGACAAAUAUUCGUGUACGUGGAGCUUCUAUACCAAGCCCCAGUAUCGUCACUCCAAUCCGAUUUUUGAGUUCAAUCUAACGGCAUCGAACGUUUUUGGAAAACGCACAUUAAAUAAAACCAUCGUUCAAUAUUCGCGAAUUAUACCCAACCCUCCUGUGAAUCUUACCGCGACUGCAAUAAGUCCAAAUUCAAUAAAAUUAUCCUGGGCUAUACCAGUGCUCAUUCGUAGUUUUCCACCUGGUUUAGACUUCAGAGUUAGUUACUGGGAAAAACAUUCUGGAAAGUGGACUACUCUUUAUAAUUCAUCAAACACUCAUAAACCACCAUCUGUGGAAUACACGCUUGAAAAUCUUCCAUAUGCUCAUUGCCUCUAUGAUAUAAGAGUUGCGUUGAAAUCGAAUAACGCUACAGGGGAAUUUUACUGGUCAAAUAAUUCCACUGUAGCAUUUUAUAGUCAGUCCAAAUUACCAGACAGACCUCCAAAAACUAACAUAGGUGGCUUCGAAGUUGAAGGACGCAAUAUUAUCAUUUAUUGGCAGAAAUUGCCUCAAUACGAAGAAAACGGCAGUAAUUUCACAUAUCACAUCGAAGUGGAUGGUGAUCCCAGUAUAAAAGCCAAAAAAAUCCUUUCGACUAAUGCCAGGUUUGAGAAAAUGGAAAAUCGUAACUAUACUUUCAAAAUUUGGUCCAAGAAUGAAAUAGGGUAUUCUAAAACUUAUUCAGUUGUUUCUGUUCCUGCAACUUAUUAUUUCUUGAAACCAGCGCUAAACUUGGUAAAGGUAUUUAAAGGUAACGGAAUAUAUGAGUUAGAAUGGUCAGAUCCGGCACCCGAAAAAUCAACUAAUUAUACCAUUUUUUGGAGUGAUGGAAACAUCAAUUGGACGACAGUAGAUAAAGGCAUAUCAAAUAAGGUUUUGAGUCUGAGUAGCGAUAAUAAUACAGACAGUGGUAAAGAUUCUUAUAGUCUUGCUUUAUCUGUUAACGGGCAUGAAACAAGCAGUGGUCUCACAUGGGCUGAAUGCACUCCACUCCCAGGAACAGGAUCUAAACUAAGGGAGGUUUAUGUCAAGGAUGUAUCUUCCAGAUCAAUACUAGUGGCCUGGUCACUUAAAUGUUACAAAAAAGCUAAUCUUCUCGGGAUUAAUAUUAUUUAUUGUAAAACAGAACAAUUCAGUAACACGACAGCAUGUCAAAAUGACACAAUAAGAUCCACUAAUAUUACAAAGCCUGGUGCCGAAACUGGUCUUAUUACAGGCCUCACGCCUUAUACCCGAUAUAAAAUUCAAGUGAAGCCGAUUUUGUACGAUCUAGAAACAUACUACAGCGACGAAAUGGUCAACUCGACUUUUGAAGGCGAACCCACAGAACCGAGAAAUCUUAAAGUUAUAGGUGUUACCAACUCCUCAAUUACGAUAGAAUUUCAGAAGCCCGAAGAAGAAAAUGGUUAUAUUAGGGAAUAUAAUAUAUCAAUCUUCCCCGGGAUGUCACCGAUCAGAGUUCCUCCAGAACCAAAAAAAGAGAUCUAUCAAACAACAAUAGAAAAACUUACACCCUCCACCAAUUACACUAUUAGAGUUGAAGCUUGCACCGUGAAGUGUUCUACUCAGUCAAUUAUUCAGACAGCUACCGAAAACGGACGACCUAAUAUAGUUCCAAAACCAUUUGCUCAGUAUGAUAAUUCAAGUGUGUUGCUCUCGUGGCACAAACCGACACCAGAUCAAGCAAAAGUUGAUUUUUACGAGAUAUGGAUCGGCACAAAUAAAAAUGACGAGCCGUCGAGUAAAGGACAAAUUUACAAGACCUUUAGCCUGCAAUACAAUACAAGCAUGUGCAAGGAUGAUGAAAAACUCAAGACUAUCUAUGUAAUGAUUAGAGGUGUGAAUAUGCUAGCUGACAAGCGUUUAGAAGGUCCAUGGAGUGAGAAGAUGCUAUGGCCUUGCAACACUACUUCUGAAACCUGGGUUGUCAUCACUAUUAUUGCCGCCAUCUUUAUCUUUGGUGGUCUUAUGGUUUAUUUAGGGAAAAAAUUAUGGGGACACAUUUCCUUAAUGCGCAACGUAACUGUGAAACUUCCCGACGGCUUAGCUGACCUCGUCAACUAUCCAGAAAAGGAGAAACAGCAUUCUGAUGUUCCGCUCUUGAACAAGAAGUUCCCUGGCCAGACUAAUAAUGCUCUAAGUGGAGAAUCUAGCGGAUGUAGUUCAGGGCAAGAAAGCGUCGCUUCUUCAAUCGAAUCCACUGGUCAUCUUUCGGCUUCCGAUUCGGGCACUGAACAGCCCAGAUCGCCAUCUUUAGGCGAAACAGACGGCAGGGACAUUGCUUUGAGGCAAAGAGCUACCAAAAACCCCAAUGUAAAAAAAUCAGAAUAUGUUACUAUGCCUGAGCUGCCCCAAACGCCUUGGUCAAAUAAGCAGGCACCGGGUUAUAGCGUUAUCGGUUUAAUACCUACAGCGGCAAAAAAACCGGAAGUGAAUUCAGACUACUUGAUGUUGUCGGAUCUUGCUCCCAAACCUUCGGCUUAUAUGCCAUUUACUGUCCCCAUUUCUUCUGAAUCGACAACGGAACCAGUUGUAACGGAAGUAGCCAGUUCGGGGUACGUCCCUUUCAUGUCUCAAGAGCCGGCUUCGAAGAAUACCGAUUACGUCAUGGCUGGGACGCCAUCGAAGAAUAUAGAGGUUCCUAGUGUUCCCUGUACCCGGAAAGAGGAAUCUUCUGGAUACGUAAAAGCUCCGCCUAUCGAUACGAACAAACCGCUGCUGUUUCAAUGGCAACAGCAAUCGCCAGUUGAAACGCCAUCGUCGGGAUAUGUCGUGGUGGGCGAUCCCAAACCGCACUGCGAGUGAUUUUAGUGACAUUUGCCUGUAGAAUAACUUCUGAUUCCUUCGCAGGGAUUAAGACUUGCUGUGCAUUCACUGACAGAAUUUUAUUUUUAUUAAGUUAUUUAUAUCUAUACUUAGAUGUUGCCUAUUUAAAUGAUUAUACUUAAAAAUGGAUCUGGUUUAGAUUUACCUGUAUUCUUGACAUGUUUAAAUGUCAGCAUACAUCAUAAAGACGAGUCUACCAGGUUUUCCGUCUGUCAGAGUGUUAAUUUCGAAAGAUAUUCAGGCGAGAUCUGUACAUAUCAGUCUUUUGCUUUGCAUAAAUAUUUUACUAUUUUAAAUUCCCCCUAGUAAUCUAAAAAAAAUUGGAUUGAAAUAUCUAUAGUACGAAUAAUUUAAACAUAUGUGUAAACAUUUCAGAUAAGUAUUUGCUUAAGAAUUUUUUUUAUCAAAAUCAUAUACCGGGUGGAAAACAUAUCAUCAUUGAAAGCAUAGGAAAUCAAUCCCAUGCAAAUUUUGAACUGUUCAAAUAUUGGCUCCCCUAUUAAUUUUACAGAUAAGUCCUAAAUUGUUUGUUUAAAGGUCUGGCUAUGAUGAAUACUCAUGCCAAAUUUGAACAAUUUUGGACACGCCGAUUUGAAGUAAUUUAAGAAAAACUGCCAUCUAUUUUUAAAUUAAAACUGAACGGGGUAACAAUGCAAAAUCAGUCGAAUGUCAACAACAUACCUUAAGGAGUCAAUUUAUGAUUUUAUUAUUGUCAAAUGUAAUUUGUUGUGCUGUCUACACUACCACGGUAGAAUACUUACGGUUAUCGUCCCGGAAAGGCAUUUUUCUAAUUUAAAACUGGUUCGAAUGAGUCAAAAGCCUAACGUUUAGAAAGUAUAAUUUGACAUUGACAGAAUUAUAGGAUGACAACUUAAGGUACGUUAACAUUUGCCUGGCUUUGCAGUUUCCUGUUCAAUAUAGGGACAGUUCAAAGUUUGCAUGCGAUUUUCUGUUUCCAACGACGAUGCACCACCCGGUACAUUUCUUAAGUUUCGUUCUUUAAUAUUGGAAAAAUAUACAGGGUGAGUAGAUAUAUUAACAAUGCUGUGUAAAUUAUUUUUUUGUUAACAUUUCUGUAUCGAAGUUGUCGUUUGAAAAACUAAGAAUUAGAUCAUUUUACAAAAUUAUCAGCUCCGUAAUUUUUUUUUUAAAUAGCUGUGAAAAUUAUAUAAGGGCAGCAGAAGUAAAAUUACCUGUGAUAUUGUAAUAACUCUUAAUUAUUAAUCAGGGAAAAUGACACUUUGACAGCAAACUCCAGAACAUCAUGAACUAUUGUUUUCUUUAAUUGUACAUAUUUAAAGGUAUUAAAUAUUAUCAAAUUCUUCCUUUUACAUCGUUUAAUGUAUAUAUUUAUUAGUUAGAUUAAGGUGAGGCAAAUAAUCUGUAAUGUAAGUUAAGAACGAAUAUUUUCGUGCCUUAAAGUUUGACUGAUGCUGGGUGUCGGUUUGUUUUCAGAAACAAUUAAUAAGACACACAAAUCUGGAAGCAAGUGAAAAAUGUCAUAUUUUAGAGUAAUUUUAUUUCUUAUUAAUUGUUUUGAAGUUAACACCAACUUGCAGAUGGUUUUGCUAAUUUUACGUUUAAUCGACUUGCCAGAUUAUAAUCUAAGUGCUUUUAGACAUAUACAUUACAUUAUAGUGAUGGCAGUAGAACAAAAUUGUUUUUAAAAAGUCUUCGAUAUUGUCGCCCUUUUAUUUGCCAAUUUAUUAAGUUUUAUUUUUUUUUACAUUUAAAAUUUCUUGAAAAAUGUGAAAACUUACAUGCUUUGUUUUUCUAAGUUAUGUUUAAUAAUUUUUACACGCACGUCAAAAUUAUUUGAUAUACACUAGGCAAAGAAAUUUGAAGUGUAAAAUGUUGGGUCACUGUCUAGAACUCAACCCCUAUUAACUAAAUUUGUAAUACAACCCCCCCCCCCCAAACAUUUUGAUAAUAAUAUCACACAUAAAACUGUUUAGAUUUAAAGUUACUUAUUUUGGCAUUAUACUUAAAAAUUUUAGUUAAAUUAAGACGAAUUGACUCUCGGAUUUCUUUAAAAAGUUUGCAAAUUCUUGUGUUUAUAGGUUCUGAAGAUUAACAUUCACCUAGGAUAAUAUAAAUGUGAAAAGUAUAUAAAAAAA